UUAUUUAUUUAUAAAAAUAGAACAAAGCCUCGUUCUUCGUAAUUACCUUCUCACUCUACUUAACGCCUGCCUCUCUCGUCUGCUUCUGAUUCGUUCUUCUUGCAUCGGUUGAUUCGCUUCUUCUCCAAUGGCAUCGGACAAGAAAAUUAACAUCGGGAUCAAUGGUUUCGGAAGGAUUGGCCGUUUGGUUGCGAGAGUUGCUCUACAGAGGGACGAUGUCGAGCUUGUUGCUGUUAACGAUCCGUUUAUUUCCACUGACUACAUGGUUACUAUUAUCAUAGUUUUGAUUCGAUUGGUGCUUUUUUGUUAUAUUUUUUCCGGACUAACCGAUGUUUCUGUUUGGAUCUGGGAACAGACAUACAUGUUCAAAUACGACAGUGUUCAUGGUUUGUGGAACAAGCAUGAGUUGAAGGUCAAGGACGAGAAGACACUUCUUUUCGGUGAUAAACCAGUCACUGUUUUCGGAAUCAGGAACCCAGAGGAUAUCCCAUGGGGCCAGACCGGUGCUGAUUUUGUUGUCGAGUCAACUGGAGUUUUCACCGAUAAGGACAAGGCCGCUGCCCAUUUGAAGGGUGGUGCAAAGAAGGUGGUCAUUUCUGCUCCAAGCAAGGAUGCACCAAUGUUUGUGGUGGGUGUGAACGAGAAGGAAUACAAACCCGAGCUUGAUAUUGUUUCCAAUGCUAGCUGCACCACCAACUGUCUUGCUCCCCUGGCCAAGGUUAUCAAUGACAAGUUUGGAAUUGUUGAGGGUCUCAUGACAACUGUGCACUCCAUGACUGCCACUCAAAAAACUGUUGAUGGUCCAUCAAUGAAGGACUGGAGAGGUGGAAGAGCUGCUUCCUUCAAUAUCAUUCCCAGCAGCACUGGUGCUGCCAAGGCCGUGGGAAAAGUUCUGCCAGAACUUAAUGGCAAAUUGACUGGUAUGGCUUUCCGUGUUCCAACUGUGGAUGUUUCAGUGGUUGACCUCACUGUAAGGCUUCAGAAGGAGGCUACCUAUGAGGAUAUCAAAGCUGCCAUUAAGGCGGAAUCCGAAGGCAAUCUUAAGGGUAUCUUGGGUUAUACUGAAGAUGAUGUAGUGUCCUCUGACUUCAUUGGUGACAGCAGGUCUAGCAUAUUUGAUGCUAAGGCUGGCAUUGCUUUGAGCAAGAACUUUGUUAAACUUGUCUCAUGGUACGACAACGAGUGGGGCUACAGUACACGUGUGAUUGACUUGAUCUCUCACAUGGCCAAGACCCUGGCUUGAAGACGUCACCAAUGAAUGAUAUGAUCUCAUUCAAGCUUGUUUUAAUUUUGUUGGGGGUUUUAGGAUGAGAUGUUCCAUCUGCAGGAGAUUGAAUAAAGACUGUGGUGCGUCUCUAUCCUUUUUGUAUGUUUCCGGUAUUUUGCAUCUUUUUGGAAUUUCGGCUGUAAAAUUCACUGGGAAUCCCAGUUUCUGGAGUAGUUUGAAAUGCAAAUUGGAACAAUGUUUUUUUCACUUA